GAUACCCAGUAGGAAAGCGUUAAGCAUGCUAGCAACAGCUUCUUAUAUCGGCUUCGGCGUCGUAGCCCUAAGCCUGGGGUCUUCCGACUUAUCUUUCAACUCGUUACUACUAUCCCCCCCUCAAAACAGCUUUGGCCCCCCGACUGGAUUCAAUAUCACCUUGCCAAAUGCUUGCCCGGGAGCAACAAAAAGCCAAUUGGACCAAUCCUCCAUCUCAAACUCCCUCGCUUACAAGUAUGACAAGGUGGCCUCAGCGGGCACAGGCGUUCCUUUUGCGCAUGGGUUUUUCCAGCACUCGUGUCACCCAGAUCUGAGCGAGGAGGGUGAGGAGGAGGUUGAGGAGGAACCAUUCUGCAUCUUCCUCAACCCUACAAUCAACCAAGGAUCGGGCAUGGUUAUAGUCUCGAAAGCGUCGACGCUCCUUGAUAGCCUUGAGACCCAGCUGAUUCUUUCAAGCCAUCCGGAGAAAAACGAUGCAUUCAAUGUGGUGGAGAUGCCCCACAAAGGUGGCAUGGGCGCUCUCGCAUCCAGGCGUCUCGAAUCCGGCGAGUUGGUGAUCAACAGUCGAGCGACCCUGCUGGUUUCCGUUGAAGAGGCCACUUACGACCGCUCUGAUUGGAGGAACAUCCGCAAGCUCGCCGUCGACCUUCUCCCGCUCGAAACUCGGGGAAGAUUCGCUCGUCUUUUUGGUGCCGGCGAUUCUGAGGAAGAAUGGAUUUCAAGCGCUAUUGACAUGAAUGCCUUCGAAAUCAACCUAGGGAACGACAGCGACGUCCCCUUCUUCGCCGUGUUUCUUACCCCUUCUCGAUUGAAUCAUGACUGCCGACCCAACACCGCCUUCCAUGUAAACAGUGAAAGUUUAGAAAUCCACAUGCAUGCCCUUCGCACUAUCAAUCCUGGAGAAGAAAUGACGAUAUCUUACCGUGAUAUGGCUCAAAUCCGUGAGCAACGUCAGGAGGAUAUCUCCAAUUACGGAUUCCAGUGUACUUGCGCACAUUGUCGGAUGAAUGAAGCUCAAGCAAAUGAAUCCGAUCGUCGACUCAUUCGGAUCGAAGAACUGAGCAGCAAGCUUGUGGACUGGAGCGAACCUGCAAACGAAGUGAUGUUAGAUGAAGCGGACGAGCUCUUAGAAUUAUACCUCAUCGAAAGGCUAGAUAACAAUAUUGCCGACGGUUACACUGUCGCCUCUGUUACAUACAAUUCCUUUGGACACACCGGUCGGGCGCGUCGAUAUGCGACCAAGGCCUUGGCUUCGGGGCUCACCAACUUCGGAGCUAACUGGGAGGAAUCGGAGCCGCUCCGACAACUUGCGGAGACUCCCGAGCAGCACUGGUCCUACAAGGCCAGAGUUUCUCUGUGAAAGAUGACCCGUCUUUCAACUAAAAUUCUUACUAUCAGGGUACCGUGACCAUGUCAAUAUGUAAAGCGCGAGCGGCAGAUACCCAAAGCACUCUUUGCAUUUGUGUUAAUCACACCAGCCUGAAUGUUAUCGUGUUAAUGUACAUCCCCCUUUUUUUCAAAGUGCAAUGUCGCCAUUAGCAUUGUGCACUAUGAAUGUGCAAUAUGAAGUAGAAAACAACUUGUUGAAGUCGCUAUCCACCUUUGUGGUUAAGAAAUGUGUAAGGGAG